CACCUACCCCUAUGAUCCCUAGAUGUGAAUGUGUGUGUAUGUGCGGGCGUGUGUAUGUAGUGUGACUUCCUCCACUUCCGUCCUCUGAAGGGAUCUAGUCGCAACCGGUCCGGGCCAAGCGGACCUCUUGGUGCGAGAUAAUCGGCCUCUGAUGUGACUUAAUGAGGCGGACAUGUCCGGGAACAAACUCAGACGCUCUCCUCUCCGAGACGACAGGUGUGCGCCAGGUGAGCCCCGGGAGGACACCGACGAUCCGGGACGAUCAGCAGCACACUUGACCGCAGGGCAUCACCGGGAAGCCCACCCACACUGACGCCGCUAUGGAGCCGGGCCAGAGCGCGCAGGCGGCGGACAUGGCAGGCGAGCACUCGGCGGGUAUGUGCGUGCAGCUGGAGAGAGACCGGGAGAGGGCCGAGCUGUCCAGCCCCAGUCCCCCGGCCAAGCAGCGCUCCCUGCGGGUCGUGUACGUACUGAACGACGGUCUGAAGGCGGUGAUGGCCAGCAGUCCGGAGUCCGGGGCGCUGCAGUGCCUCCAGCGGGCGUGUGACGCCGAGAGUGCCCUGCUGACCACAGUCACCUUCGGGAGGCUCGACUUUGGAGAGACCUCCGUGUUGGACAGCUUCUACGACGCAGACAUUGCGGUCGUGGACAUGAGCGACGUCUUCCGCCAGCCCUCCCUGUUCUACCACCUGGGUGUGAGGGAGAGCUUCGACAUGGCCAACAAUGUCAUCUUGUACCACGACACAGACCCUGACACGGCCCAGUCCCUGAAGGACAUGGUCGCUCAGAAAAACACAGCCUCCAGUGGCAACUACUACUUCAUCCCUUACAUCGUCAACCCCAACCACGAGUAUACUUGCUGUGAGAGCGACGCCCAGCGAAGGGCCAGCGAGUACAUGCAGCCCAGCUGGGACAACCUCCUGGGCCCCCUGUGCGUGCCCCUGAUGGACCGUUUCACCAGCUUGCUGAAGGACAUCCACGUCACGUCCUGCGCCUCCUUUAAGGACACCUUGCUGAACGACAUCAGGAAGGCCAGGGAGAAGUAUCAGGGCGAGGAGCUGGCCAAGGAGCUCUCCCGCAUUAAGCUCCGCAUCGACAACACCGAGGUCCUCACGCAGGACAUCGUCAUGAACCUGCUCUUCUCCUACAGAGACAUCCAGGACUACGAUGCCAUGGUCAAACUGGUGCAGACCUUGGAGAUGCUGCCGACCUGCGACCUGGCAACCCAGCCCAUGAUCCAGUUCCACUACGCCUUUGCACUAAACAGGAGAAACAGUCCCGGCGACAGGGAGCAAGCGCUACGGGUGAUGCUGCAGGUCCUGCAGUCCUGUGAGCAUCCUGCGCCGGACAUGUUCUGCCUGUGCGGACGGAUCUACAAGGACAUCUUCCUGGACUCGGACUGCAAGGACACCAAGAACAGGGACAAUGCCAUACAGUGGUACAGAAAGGGCUUUGAGCUGCAACCCACACUCUACUCUGGCAUCAACCUGGCCGUUCUCCUCAUAGUCGCCGGGCAACAGUUUGAGAGCUCCAUGGAACUUAGGAAAAUUGGUGUUCGGUUGAACAGUUUGCUGGGGCGCAAAGGUUCCCUGGAGAAAAUGAACAACUACUGGGACGUGGGACAGUUCUUCACCGUUAGCAUGCUGGCUAACGACAUCCCUAAGGCCACUCAAGCUGCUGAGAAGCUCUUCAAACUGAAGCCCCCUCUCUGGUACCUGCGCUCGGUGGUGCAGAACUUGCAGCUGAUCCAGAGAUUCAAGAAGCAGAACAUGGAGCAUUCCCCCCAGAGGGACCGACUCAACUUCUGGAUGGACAUCAUUGUGGAGGCCACGCAGGGGACCACCAACCGACUGCGCUUUCCCGUGCUGAUUCUGGAACCCACUAAGGUCUACCAACCGUCAUACGUGUCCAUCAACAACGAGGCGGAAGAGAAGAACGUCUCCAUCUGGCAUGUUUCUCCUGCUGAAACAAAGGGCAUCCACGAGUGGAACUUCACCACAAUGUCCAUCAAAGGCAUCAGUAUCAGCAAAUUUGAUGAACGCUGCUGCUUCCUCUACGUCCACGACAACUCUGACGACUUCCAGAUUUACUUCUCCACCGAGGAGCAGUGUGCACGGUUCUGCUCCAUGGUGAAGGAGAUGAUAUCGGACGGGACCGGGAACUCGGUGGAGCUGGAAGGCGAAGGCGACGGCGACACACUGGAGUACGAGUACGACAUCGACGAGACGGAGGACCGGGUGGUGCUGGGACGAGGUACCUACGGGGUCGUGUACGCUGGGAGGGACCUCAGCAACCAGGUCCGAAUUGCCAUCAAGGAGAUCCCAGAGAGGGACAGCAGGUACUCGCAGCCUCUUCACGAAGAGAUCGCUCUGCACAAGUACCUCAAGCACAGGAACAUCGUCCAGUAUUUGGGCUCUGUUUCGGAAAACGGAUAUAUCAAGAUCUUCAUGGAGCAAGUUCCCGGAGGGAGCUUGUCGGCCUUGCUGCGCUCCAAAUGGGGUCCCCUGAAGGAGGCCACCAUCAUCUUCUACACCCGACAGAUCCUGGAGGGGCUGCGAUACCUGCACGAGAACCAGAUUGUGCACAGAGACAUAAAGGGUGACAACGUGCUGGUCAACACCUACAGCGGCGUCUUGAAGAUCUCAGACUUUGGUACCUCCAAGCGGCUGGCUGGAGUCAAUCCCUGCACGGAGACCUUCACUGGCACUCUGCAGUACAUGGCCCCAGAAAUCAUCGAUAAGGGUCCUCGGGGCUACGGGGCCCCAGCAGACAUCUGGUCCCUGGGGUGCACCAUCAUCGAAAUGGCCACCGGGAAGCCUCCCUUCCAUGAGCUGGGGGAGCCUCAAGCCGCCAUGUUUAAGGUGGGGAUGUUUAAGAUCCACCCGGAGAUCCCAGAGUCUUUGUCACUGGAGGCCAAGUCGUUCAUCUUGCGUUGCUUCGAGCCGGACCCUCACAAACGAGCCAUCGCCGCUGACCUGCUGAGGGACACCUUUGUCAGACACAACACCAAGGGCAAGAAGAGCAAGAUCGCCUUCAAACCUUCAGACUACAUCCACGUUUCCCUGCCGGUGCAGUUGCAGUGCGAGGCUACUGGGAGUAGCAGCAGCGAACACGGCUCCAUGAGCCCCGACUGUGACUCCAAACAGGAUGUCUUCUUCCAGAAAAAGAAAAGCUCCGGCUCGGAGAACCUGCUCAAACCGCCCAAUUCCAACUACCUGAGCGUUCCAGACGAAGGCUCGGUGUCGGAGGACCGCAAUGUCCCGCCCUCCCCCGAGGACAGAGACGGAGGCCUCUUCCUACUGAAGAAGGACAGCGAGAGGCGGGCCAUUCUGUUCAAGGUCCUGAACGAGGACCAGGCGAAGGUCAUCUCCAACCUGAAGGAGAACUACAUCCAGGGCAGCGAAGAGCUCCAGCUGUCCGUGGAGCACAUCAAGCAGAUCAUCUGCAUCCUCCGAGACUUCAUUCAUUCCCCAGAGAGGCGCGUCAUGGCGGCCACCAUCUCCAAGCUCAAGCUGGACCUAGACUUUGACUCCACCUCCAUCAACCAGAUCCAGUUGGUGCUCUUUGGCUUCCAGGACUCGGUCAACAAGGUGCUCAGGAACCAUCACAUCAAACCUCACUGGAUGUUCGCCAUGGAUAACAUCAUUCGGAGGGCUGUGCAGGCGGCCAUCACCAUCCUCAUUCCAGAGCUGCAGACGCACUUCGGCCCGGCGUCAGAGUGCGAGGGCGCAGAGAAGGAGGAUGAGGUGGACGAGGAGGAGGGCGAAUUCGGCCCAGUGCUUGCGCCGGCCGCCGACGAGCCCGCCGACCCCGUCGCCUCGGCCGUCGCCACGCUCCAUUCCGCUCACUCCCACGAGCACCAGCGCUCCCACCACCAGCUGGGGGCUCAGCUGGGGCGCCUCAAGCAGGAGACCAACAGGCUGCUGGAGGAGCUGCUGCAGAAGGAGAAGGAGUACCAGCAGGUCCUGAAGGCCACCCUGCAGCAGCGAACGCACGACCUGGAGCUGGUCAGGGUCCGGCACAGACCGCCAGAUAUUUCGCCACCAUCCAUCUUCCACAUUCCGGCGGACCACGAGCCUGAUAAGCAGCUCACUGAUUGGCUGAAGGAGCAGGGGGCGGACCCUGACACGAUCGACAAGUUUGUGCUUGAAGAAUAUACGCUGACGGACAUCCUCAGCGACGUCACCAAAGACGACCUGCGCUGCCUCCGCCUCAGGGGCGGAGUCCUGUGCCGAAUCUGGCGGGCCAUCCAGAGGCACCGGGAGCGAGAGAGGCUGAGGGGCGACGAGCGCUCGGACGACGACGUGUGAUGUUCUCUCUGCCAAAACGCCACUGUGCCUUUUUUUUUGUUUUACCUUUUUAUGAAACACGGCGAUGCUUGACUUCAACAGACCAAAGCGCUUUUUAGUGCAGGCACUACUUUCGCUAGCAUUGCACAUUGCGCUUUGCAGCAGUCACAAGCACAACGAGAGAAAUCACGUAUUGACCUGAACAUAAGACGACCUUGAUAUGUAGAAAGAUCCCAGAUAUAAUACAACCCUGAACAUAAGAUCCCUCUUAUGUAGUACGACCCCUAAUAUGACAAUACUGAUUUAUGAGACGAUCUUGAAUAUAAGACAAGCCUGACGACAAAAACACCUUGAAUAUAAGACAACCCAAAAUAUAAGACAAUCCUUCAUAUAAGAUGACCCUUGCUACAAGAUGACCCUGACUAUAAGACGACUCCUGAUAUAAGACAACCUCAUAUACUGUAUUACGAUGACCCAGAAUAUAAAACUAUGCCAAAUAUAAGACAACCCUAAUUAUCACAUACUACAGUGUUAAUUGGCCCUGUACCCUAGAAACCGCCCAUGAAUGAUACGGGAAAAGGCCGAAAUGAUACUGUGUCAAAGCCCAGGGCAGUGAUACUGAUAAACUAUAGAGUUUAUUGUAACUAUAUGGUUACCGUUAUUAUCGUAACAAUAUGUUUAUUGUAACGUCGUUGCCGACGCUAUGGAAAGGACACGACUGUGAUCGCUAACAAGCUUUUAUUACACAAAAAUACUGGCUACUGUCGGCCGUAACCACGCCGUUGCAACCACCGCCAGCAACGCAACAGUGCUUCCUCAACACGACACGCCCCCACCCCUGGUGCAUUGACAGUCACGCGGAACAGUCAGACACUCAAGAGCACAACAUGUCAACAUGAACACGUCAGGGUCACUACAUUAUUUUAUCAAUCAGAAAAGAAAAUGGGGAUGAAUACGAGCCUGAUUCUCUCAAAUCAAAAUUCAACUCUCUGGCACGUUACAUGAUGGAAAAACAAAAGUAUGUGAUAAUAAGAUCAUCACAUGGUUUGUCUGGUAUCAGGCCUUGUGGACAUGAUACCUGGCCUGAUACCAGACAAACCAUGUGAUAACCUCUAAAUGUAAGACAGCCGGUAACUUGCCCAACCGGUUGCUCUGGUGUGUCUGAGGACAUGCUACCUGUUGGUUCCAUGUAUAAAAUCUGAAGACUAUAAGACGGCCUCAUUAUUUUUAGGUAAAAAUAGCGUUUUAUAAUCGGGUCAACCGCUUGUGACACUCAUAACGUUGGUUUCUUUAAUUAAAGUGUGACUCAAGUCCGCACUCUACAUGACGGGUUAACAAUCUGAAUGGUUGAGUAGUCCAGGUUGUACCCAGGGUGACCCCCAUUGGGAGAAUGGAUAAAACCUAUGACCAAACUAGCUGUGAGUCAGGAUCACACCACAGGUCAUGGAUUAGCAAUCCUUUCAUUUUCCUUCUUUUAGUCAAGUACACGUUUAUUUGGAUGUUUUCUUUGACUGUGUGUGUGCGCUUCAUGUUUGCUUUGCA